UCACAAUUAUUUUCUUUAUCUGUAUUGAUGUCUUUGGCUUUAUCAACUCCGGUUGCUGAAGUUGAACAUCAUGCCCAUCAACAUAAAAGAGCCGUCAAAUAUGUUACUCAAGUUUCUACUGUCGUUGUUGGGGAUGGCCAAACCCAAACCCAAGCCCAAGCUAACCAAGGCUCUAAUCCAACUACUCUCGUUACUUCUUCUCAACAAGGUAAAGCUGCUGCUGCUUCUUCCACCGGAGAAGAUGAAGCUCCUUCCUCAACUGAAGCUUCUUCUAGUGAAUCUUCUGGUAGUCAAGGUCAAGGUAAACUUGGUAUCAACGUUGGUGCCUCUGCUUCUCUUUCAAUAGGUUUAGGUUCAUCCUCAUCUUCUUCAUCCUCUGAUUCUUCCUCGAGUGCUUCUACUCCUUCUGAUUACAGUGAUGUCGAAAAAUACGCUGCUGAAGCUAAAGGUAUCACUUACUCACCUUAUACCAAGAGUGGUUCUUGUAAAUCUUCUGAUGAAGUUUCUUCUGACUUGAAAAAAUUAUCAGGUUUUGGUCUUAUUAGAAUUUAUGGUACCGAUUGUUCUGGUCCUCAAAAUGUUUUAUCAGCUCUUAAUUCAAACCAAAAAUUAUUUGUUGGUAUUCAAUCAAUUUCUGAUUUAGAAAGUGAUUUAAGCUCUUUGGACUCUGCCAUUAAAGGUUCUGAAAGAGGUUGGGAUGCUAUUGAUACCGUUUCCAUUGGUAAUGAAUUAGUUAAUGGUGGUUCUAAUAGUGCUAGUGAUGUUGCUCAAGCAGUUAAAAAGGCUAAAUCUUGGUUAAAAUCUAACGCUUCUUCAUUCUCUGGUUCUGUUGUCACCGUUGAUACCUUGGUUGCCGUUGAAAACAACAGUGGUGACUUAUGUGACGCUUCCGAUUAUCUUGCAGUCAACUCUCAUCCUUUCUGGGAUGGUAACGUUGAUCCUUCUGAUGCUGGUCCUUGGUUAAAACAACAAAUUUCUGAUUUACAAGAAAAAUGUGGUAAUAACGGUAAAAAAGUUGUCAUCACUGAAACCGGUUGGCCAACUAAAGGUGACUCUUUCCAAAAAUGUCAACCUUCUACCAAAAAUCAAUUAGCUGCCAUUAAAUCUAUCUCUGAAACUAUCGGUGACCAAGUUAUCUUCUUCACCACUUACAAUGACUACUGGAAAGACGCCGGUAACUACGACGUCGAACAAUACUGGGGUAUCUUCGGUGAUCCUUCCAAUUAAGCCAUACCUCCUCUUAUACCCUUACACUUUUGUUAAACUAACCUUUUCUAUGUCUUUGUAUUAUAAAAUGAUUUCUUCAACGUAU